AUGCUCAGGGCUUUUGUCCGGAAGAAGGACGGCACUCAGGUGGGCCUGGGCACGGGUCGUGUGUGGUGGACGGAGCCCUCACCCCGGGACAUCCCUCAGGCCCCUCUCCCGAGGCUCUGGUCGCGGCCUGCGAGCACUGGCUGCACGCUCAUCUCCAGGUCCCUCCCCAUCUUGCGGCCCGCGUCCCCAGCGGUGGUCCCUGUCUCCUCUCGCCCGCACGUUCUCACCCAGUCUUCUUGCUCCUGGUUCCAACCUGGGGUCCACGUCUCUGCCUUUACUCCUCUCUCCCGAGUCCCUUACUCCACCUGCCUUUGCGACGUGACACCCCCUCCAGAGAACUCCCCGACUGCCGAAAGUGAGCCUGUGCCCUGCUCAUCCUGCCAUCGCUCGCGCCCCGGGCCUUUGGGGGAGGUGCCCCGUGCACCCAGCACCAAGCACCCUCGGAGCUGA